CCCAUUGUUGAUUUCCGGUUUCCACGUUUACACUCAAUCCCUUGUACAGAGUGGAUCUAACAGCAACAUCAGGCCAGAUGCGAGUCCAGUGCACCGCUGUCCCCGGGGCUCCAGUGGACGGACAUUUCCUUUAAUAUUAUUUCAAGAUCACUUGCACGACCACGAGUCCAUUUCAGGGAUUUUUUUGAAGGACAGAAAGAAGUGUUGGAGGUCUACAGAUGGGGGAGGUGAGGAAACUGCAGAAGAAGUUGAGGCAGAUUGAGAAUCUGGAGUUGAAAGUUUCUCUCACCCCUGAAGAAGCAGUGAAGGUCUCGAAGAAGGAGGAGCUUCGCAGGAGAUUGGCCGAGCUCCUGCUGCAACUUUCUGGCCCCCAGCAAACCCAAUGUAUUGUGGGUGAAGAGGAGGAUAAAAUGAAAAGACAAAUCGACAUCCGAGCAGAGCAUCACCCAAAUUCUACUCCAGCUGCGAAGCUACCACGAGAAGACCGCCAGAAGAAAGAGGAUAAGUCAGAAAGUCGAACUGAGGAGGAUAUAAAAGAGAAAGAGGGCGGAGAACAAAGCCAGAAGCUCCCAGACCCAGAUGCUGAAUUCACCUCUUUCAAAGCAUCAUGGGAAAAGGCCAAGUUUCGCCUGAGGACUCUAAAAGGGCACAGUGACAUCAUUACUUGUGUAGCUGCUGUGGACAAUCUUGUGAUUUCUGGCAGUCGUGAUACCACAGUAAAGGUGUGGCACGUUCCCACGGCAACAGAGCAGCGCAAUCUCGGGGGUCACAGUGGUGGCGUCACUUGUAUUAGUACACCACCUGCAGAACACUGCAGGAAAUUAGCAUCUGCUCUGCAUCUGUCUGAGAAGGAAAGGUUCAUCAUAAGUGGCUCCACCGACUGCUGUGUACGAAUAUGGACUCUGACUUCUGGCCAGUGCGUGAAAUCGAUCUACACGUUUAACGCUGUAACAAGCCUUUGCUUCAUAGCGGAGUGGGAGGGCUACAUCGUGACAGGCUCAGAUGCCGGGAAGCUGCAAGUGUGGGACUGGCUCUCUCAGGAGAACCGUCAAUCAGUCAACGCGCACCUGGAUGCUGUCACGACAUUACAGUCCCAGGGUCCUCUGGUGUUCAGUGGCUCAACCGAUGGGAGCGUGUGUGUAUGGGUGGUAUGUGACCGAGCAGCGGACCCCCUUAACCAGCUGCAUCAGUGGGGUUCAGAGGUCACUGGUUGCAGCAGGGUCGAUGAGGUCAAUGGGAGUUUAAGACUGAGCGCCCGAGGCGACCACGUCUUUCUGGCCAAUGGGAGAUCCAGUAUUCGUGUGCUUAACUGGAGAACAGGCACAAUGAGGCGACUGACCAAUCACAGCAGCACUGCUGGUGUCACGGAUUGUGUCAAUCAAAUACCAGGGGUUCUGAUUGGCUCAUGCUCUGACCUCGCCAGCGGAGACAAUACCCUAAACUUGUUUUCUCUUCCACAGUGUAGGUACCUCGUCUCGCUCACCAGCUCGGAUGUACCACGAAUUCUAUGUUUUGCUUGGUGGCUCACACCAAGUGGGGGUCAUCGCUGGGUCACAGGAGGCUGUGAACUCACAGUUUGGGAACAGCUUCCAGGAAAUGUAAAAAAAAGAGGUGACGUGAACGCGAGACGAGACAGCCGAUUGGACGGCCUACUCGCUGAAUCUGACGGAGACUCCCAGGAGGAGAGUGAGGCAGAUGAUGAUGAAGACGAAGACUCAACGGCGAACGAUGCACCAGAUGCAGAAGAGGUCUCAGGAUCGUCGUGGCUACGCUGCGUCCUCCAGUGAAAGAAAGGACGGAAUAAGGACAGAGCGAAAGAGAGAGAAAGAUCGAGAUAGAGGAAGGAAGAGCUAGAACGUGAGGUGUGAAGUUUAACAGAUUGAGCGAGUGGCAGCAGGGCAGAGAGCGCGGGUGGACACCAGCAUGUUCUUCAUGUAAAUGUUGCAUCAUGGAGCCAAUAAAAGUGCCAUACCAUGA